CGACCGCUUGGGUCGGGCGGCCUCCGUUGUGGACGGCUGCACCGCUUCCUGCCCCGGCUUGCCGGCGCGGUUGUGGGGCGGGAGCGCCGCAGCACCUCACUUUGUGCUAGUCAGACCCAAUGCUGAUGACUGGGACAAAAUGGUGAACCAAGCAGGCAAGAUUCCUGACGUCAAGGAGCAAGCGCCUCUUGCAGAUGGCACAGAACCAGGGCAGGAAUGAGGAACCAGGCAGCCUUCAGCUUCCCCCUCCCCCCAGUACAUUUAUAUUUUAAAAUGCGAAUGUAUGAUACUGCCUUUUAAAGAUGAUGGCCUGGUGACCGCAGACCCGAGGAUGAGUGACAGCCGCUGGCCUGCCGCUGCCUCGCGGUCCACCGAUGGCGGGAAGCUGCUCACACAGACCUCCCCACAAGGCAGACGACUGGGAGAGGGGUGCUGGCAGGGCUAGGAGCACGCCUGCCUCCCCUGCAAAGACGUUCCCGCGGACAUGGAGGGAGCCAUCGUUUCUCCCUCCCCGGUUUUAGACUUGAGUCAAAGAGAAUUCCCUGCCUCCAGGCAUUUGAAAGCUUUGCUUUUAGAAAGAAAUCCUAUCAAAGCAUUACCCGUGGAGCUGGGUCUGUUGAGAUUUUCAGUUUCUUCUUCAGUCCAUUCAGGGAGCCUGAGCACACUGAAAGCCCUGAACUUGAGACACUGCCCUCUGGAAUUCCCUCCCCAGCUUGUCCUGGACAAAGGGCUGGCAUCCAUCCUGACCUUUCUGCGUGUCUGCGCCGUGGAGCACUCCCUCCCCAGGGACUCGGCUUCUCAAGCGAUUUCACCAGUUAAAAAGAUGGACAGAAAUGAGUUUCUAACACCUACCGUGGACUCGUCCCCAGCAUAUGUGUCUAAUGAAGAAGCAGUUCAUUCUCAGGACCCAAGGGAGACUGUGUUAAAAGAAAAAGCAGCCUUUCUCCCACCCAUUGAAAAACUAGACUUAAGUGAACUCCAAAAAUCCAGCGAUCCUCCAGAGGACUGGCCAAGUGAGGAAGAAAUAAAGUGCUUUUGGAAGCUAAGGCAGGAAAUUGUUGUGAAUGAAAAAGCAGAGGUUCUUGAAAAUCAGCUCUUACCUGUUGAAUUGCCUCCAAAUCUCAAGGCAGCAUUGGAAAAUAAGAAGAAAGAACAUCCAAAGCCAAUAAAGAUCCUCAGAAGGAACAUGCCCUCCUUCAGGAGCACCUUGCCUGAUCUUUCGUCAUCGUACGGAGUGAUUCGUGAAGUAAGAGCGGAAGAGACUCGAGUGGCGGCCCUCAGAGAGCUCAGGGAGAAGCAGGCGCUGAUGGAACAGCGGAGAAGAGACGAGAACACUGCAGGAGUGGAGAGAGCAGGCCCGGGUGAUGAAGAAGAAAAAGGAGGAACUCUACCGACUCCUGCCACCCAGAAAGAAUCUGGUGGCAUCAAAGAUCCCCUUUGCCACAGAUCUGAUAGAGAACAAGAAAACGCCAAUAAAUCCACCUGGAAAAACGAGACAAAACCGACUGAGAGCAUCGCACGCGAAGCCUUCCAAGAGGGGGAUUUGGAGGACAGGAUAAAACAGCACAUCCAGCACAUGCACGAGAGAAGGAAGAGGUUCGGGGAGUCGGCGCCGCUGGAGGAGAUGCGGCAGGCAGCGCAGGAUCUGGAAGUGGGAGCGUUCACCUGCCUCUCCGGAGCCGCUGUAUCCGCUCCAGACCUCUGGUUUAGGGGUAUAACUUUGCGCGUGGGUACCCCCAAGCUCCCAGCGCUUCAACUCAUCUGGGUCUCAAUCGUCCUGGAAACCCGAGGCUCGAGGGUUCCCUCCGGUGCGCCGGGGCCACUCUCCGCCGCGGGGUCGACAGCCCCAAGCAGCCUGGAAGCUGAGGAUCGAGGAGACCCCGUGCCAGGCCCAAGAUCCCCCACGGAGGGUGAGCUCAGAGCCAAACCCCCGUUCGUGCGAACCCUGAAGCCUGUGUGCACACACCCGGCCACCUCCUCGGGACGGAGUCCGCAGGACUUAGCUCCUGCUGCCUUCCCACGAUUGAGCAACACGGGCCACAGGAAGUUUCCCAGAAGCGUCGCGUCCAGCCACAGCGGGCCCCUGGGCAGCUCCCAGAGGGCUCAGGGAAGCCCUGACGCAGCCUGUACCUCACCAUUCACGCCCUGGCCCGGCCUGGGAGGCCCUGGGAGGGCCGCAGGAAGACGGGGGUUUCCCGGCGCCCCAGAAUGCACUUUGGGAGCCAGGAAUCUUGCCCUAGAGGAAGUGGGCAGAGCUGUGUGUCCUGGGACAGGCUCAUGGGGAGAUUCCAGGAGCCCUCGCCCUGGCAGGGCCUGGGACUGGCGCUUUAAGGGAAGCACAGUUCACCUGUCACCUGUCAUCUGCACACCUGGAACAGGGAGCAGGCUCUCUCCAUCCAUAAGUGCCGUGGAGCCCCAGGGAGGGCAGCCACCCUGCUGCAGCCCAAGCCCAAUGGCUGGACCUGGAGCCCAGACCACAAGACAAAAUCCACAAAUUGAAGAAGGCAGAACCACCAUCCAUCAAGAGAAUCAAAGUCUCCGACUCUGGAAACUGCCCUCUCAGAAACCAUUCCACCUGGUUUCAGCCACCCUCAUCUGGGCCUUGUUACAGCAACUGAGCUUGUUACAGCAACUGAGCUUGUUUCCUCGUGCAUACAAAGCCCGUGUCCUCAUGCAUACAGAGCCUGUGUCCUUGUACAUACAGAGCCUGCAUUCUCAUGCAUACAGAGCCUGCGUUUUCACACACACAGAACCCAGCCUGGUUUUGGAAGCAGAAGGCCACCUAGUGGUGAAAUGUAAGGGCCACUGAGAGAGAUGUUAACAAGAAGCAAAGAUUCAUUCUACAAAACGCCCAAGCCACAGAACAAGAAACUAAAAACAGAGGAUUGGCUGAAAGUCUUCACAAGGUCAAAUUAGAUCCCUGGGUCCCCUUCCCCACCUCGCACAACAGCAGACCCCCCUGCACCUCUCCAGCAGGGCGCUAGAGAAACAGAAGAAGGUGCCACACCUGGGUGGUGUGAUGGAAGGGCCCUCUGUGGGGAAGGGAGGUCCAGGGACAGGGGCCACCAUCCUUGGGGGUGGGGAGGGGGCCAGGACACUCUGGAAACAAGGGCCCCUGACCACCUUCUCUGACAGAGCCUGCCCAGCUGCCGGCAGCCGUGUCCCACGUGAGGCCCAAGGUACCUCGAUCUCAGUCUCACCUUUUGCUGGCCCAGCAGACUGGGAGUGUGGGAUUUGGAGCAGAAAACCUGUCUUUGCUUCCAUGGAAAGCUGCUACCCCUCAGCUUCUGUGUCUGUGCCACGAGGAUGGCAGCCAUGGCCUGGCACCUCUCCGGACAGGUGUGAGUCCCAGGUGGAGCCAUGCCGGGGCCGAUGUUUGGCCAGCAGGCCACCUGGGGAUGGCCCCCGCCUUGAGUUUGCAGCAGGACCGUCCCUGAUUCUCCACUCACUCGCUCAUUUGCCUGGAAUUUACUCAGACUGCUGUGUGUGGGGUCCCCAAGAUGGGUGCCCCACAUGUCUGCGUCGAGAGCUUGGUGUCCCCCAGGGCAGGGCAGGCGGCCCAGCGGGCUGUGGGCAGGGCUGCGCCAAGGGGCAGCCGCAGUGAUGUGCCUAGGAGCACCCUGGGGAAGGGAAGCCCGGCUUUGCCCGUCGACACCCCCUCAGGGCCCGAAGGGCGGCUGCACGGCAUACCCAGCAGAGCCCAUCUGCGCCAGGGAAGGGUGACAUUCUGCGUCCUGCGAGCCUUGUUGACUUUUAUCUCCCUCCUCUUUCCC